ACUAAUUUGCUUUCGCUAUCAUCUUGUGAUGCUCGUUUAAAUUAGGGUUCUAUGCACUUGCAAUUCCCUUUUCAAAACCCCUUUCUUCCUUCGAUUCCUGACACUAAAUUCAACAAUUUCGCUUUGCAUUCCAAUUCCUCAUUCCAAAAAUCGAAACAUUUCUGCUCUUUCUUUGGAUACGGUCUUAUGUACUGGGUGGAUUGGAUAAAGGCAUAGAAUGGCUUUAGUAGCCCAUCAACCUCAGGGUUUGUACAUGAUAUCUCCCUCCAGGCAUUUGUCAUGGAGCGAAAGACUGAAGGUGAAGCAGCGUUUAACAAAACAUCACAUGAUUGGAAGAGCAGACUUGCAUCACCAAUUAAAGCAAAAUAUUUGUUUAAGCGUGGGGCCUCCUUGUUUUGGCGUAUCCAAGCUCAAGCCUUUAAGGAUUUCAGGCUUCAAAGGCAGUACCCAAAAUGAUUAUUCAGGAACCAGGGCUAAUCGAUGGAAAGCACCUAAGACUGCUAUUCGACUAGAGGAGAGUGGUGAAGCUCACGAUGUUCCACUAUCUUAUGCAUCCGAAGCAAAUGAUAGCCUUGUGACAUCAUCUGCUAUUCAUAGACUUUUCAAGAAAUGGCUGACAAUGUUGGGCACACAACCAUCAAGUCAAGAAGUGGAGAAAGUUUUUGCUCAACCAACUGCAGUGAUUUCACCAGAAACUCUACAAGGUACUCAUAGUAAGGAAAGAGUUGAGGUUUUGAAGGUGGCAUGGUCUCAUUUUCUGGCCAUGGAUGCAACAAUGAAGAUUCCUUUGUUGAUAUUUGUUCCUCUUUACAUGGCUGUUAAUGUAAAAUAUGGUGCUGAAGUUUCAAAGGAAUUAACACCUUUAUGGGUUUUGGGGCCACUAGUUGUGGCUAUCUACAUUAUGAUAAUCCGUCGUCUGUGUGCACUCUAUGCCUUCAGCUUCAAUCAGACUGUCAAAAUACUUAAGAAUUCACCCUCUUACUGCAUUUUGGCCUACAACUAUGUUUUCUGCGGCAAGCUCAAAGAACAUAUUGCAGCUUAUCUUUUGCAGCCUAUAUUGAGCAUAAAAAAUCUAGAUUAUAAACAGCUAACAAGUAGAAAAUUGAAAGAGAUUCAAGAAUGGAUAUUGGAGAAUUACCUUGAUUAUGUGGAAUCAAUAUGGCCAUAUUAUUGUCGGACAAUCAGAUUUUUGAAGAGGGCUAAUCUCAUUUAGGUUGGAAAGUAUUUUUCAAGGGUAGUUUUCAGAAAGGUUAAAGUGGGUUGAAAGGAGGUCAUAUUCUUUUAUCUACAAAUUUUCAAAUGAGAUCUGCCAAACCCAUUUUCUGCUGGGGUUUUGGUGUUUUGAGCAAGCUAAUGGUCAUGAAAAAGUAAGUUCCGAAUUCAUGUUAUCUUGAAUUUUUUUUCAUUCUUAGAUUAGAAUGUAAAUUUUUCUUGUUUCAAGAUUGAUUCCAUUCCGCAAUUGGUUAUUCGGCAGAGUAUACCAAGCUUCCUCAUUCAUCUGCUUAAACGAGCUUUGUAGCAUCUACCACUACCAUCUUGUUGUUUAACAUGGGAAUGGGCAAGGCUAGGCUGAAUGUUCAACAUUGUUAACCACCGCCCACCAGAAUAGUCCAAAGAUGGUUUCUGGGUGCUUUGUAUGUUGUGGGCUUCUUUGUCCCAUUGGUUGUAUUGUUUUGUUGUAACAUUUAUCUGAGAAUCUUAGACUAUAUUGCUUGUAGAAUGACCCACCAUUUUUCAAGGGAAUCAGAAUCACCCCGCUGUUUCAAGA